AGCAUCCGUUGGACCGUUCCGGACUUCAGUCCACGUCGAGAACGCGCCACUGUCGGGACCUCUAGGAGUGACAGCCACCCGGAAGCUCGCGGCGGACGUCGCGUGCACCGACACUAUAUCGUCACUCUGUGUCCAAGUCCACCGGCAAUUUAUCGUCCGAAACUAUGACAACGUGAUCUCUCCAGCGACGGCUAUUCGAAGAUAAAGAAAAAGAGAGAAAGAGAGAGAGAGAGAGAGAAAGAAUCAUUCGUAAAAGCUUCGUCGUUGCGCAUUACGCGUGCUGAAUCUUACGGAUACCAAUUAUCCGAGAGCAUAAUUUCUUCGGCGUGUCGAUUAAUCCUCCGUUAGUAUAAGUAAUCGAUUAAAGCUGGUACCAGUCUCGCUUUGUUUGGUACACGCAGGUGCGUCACUCGGAGAGGUCGUGAAGUUUCCGCGGGGCACAGAGGUCGGUGGAGAUUGGCCGACCUAGAAUUCGUCAGCGAAUUUCCCAUCCGGAGUUCUCCGGAGAACGAGACGGGACGCGAAGUCGCUGGAUGCUCUAAAGGCUCCGGAGGUCGCCCGCGAGCCAGCCGGUCGCCGGUUGUUCUGAUGCCGACACGUGCUGAGCGCGAUCGUUGAGGGUGCGGCGGUGCACAGGGGAAGAGCAGAGCCACGAGGGCCCGCGGGGAGAGCUGAAGAAGAGGGAUCUCGGGCCGGGCGAGUGCCGGGAGUUGUUGCCCAGUCCCGGCGAGGGGGCGGACAUCGGGCCCGGAUGCUCGCGAGGACAAGACGCCGGAAGCGCUGCCACGUUGGAAGGGAAAAUAUUGACGGCCGUCAACAAGUUCCUUACAACGUCCCCUUUGGUUAACAAGGUCAAGUUACUGAUGGCCGCGAUUACUUGCAGACGAGACAGAGCAGCGGCGCGGUGGGAAACGACGCGGAAGGACGAGAGGGCACCGGCUCCCUGGACUGCACCCCGCGGACGAUGGCUGUGACAACGUCGGCGCUACCGGUGCAGCCGAUCUACGUUCCCGCGGGAUCGUGCCCCGCCGCCGACGCCACGACGACGAAUCUGCAACGCCGGCGACUGCGGCAACAGCAGGAACAGCAAGAAUUAUCCCUGACGCGGCCGACGGACACGGCCGCGUCCUCGUCAUCCAUCCACGACGAGACUGUCAGAACCCCGCUCUCCGCGAACGUUCACCUAUCCCUGCCGGCUUCGCCGAAACGGUCUUCGUCCAGCAAAACGCCCGCCAUAUCGAAGUCGCAGAUGAAAGAAUUCAGGGAGGCCUUCAGGCUGUUUGACAAGGACGGCGAUGGAACUAUCACGAAAGAAGAACUCGGCAGGGUUAUGCGUUCCUUGGGACAAUUUGCGAGAGCGGAGGAGCUGAGAACGAUGCUGCAGGAAAUCGACAUUGACGGUGACGGAAACGUGAGCUUCGAGGAAUUCGUCGAAAUCGUCAGCAACAUCGGCGCGAGCACGGCAGCUCCCUCGGAUCAGGAUCAGGAGGAGCAGGAAUUACGAGACGCCUUUCGGGUGUUCGACAAACAUAAUCGUGGGUAUAUUACUGCGUCGGACCUUAGGGCGGUGCUCCAAUGCCUGGGAGAGGAUCUUUCCGAGGAGGAGAUCGAAGAUAUGAUUAAGGAAGUGGACGUGGACGGGGAUGGCCGAAUUGAUUUCUACGAAUUCGCUCAUGCUCUCGGCGAGCCGGGAAUCGACGAAGACGAGGAGGAUGACGACGACGACCUGCAAUCUCCGCUCUUCUAAGAUCACGUUUAUUCUCACACCUCUCUAUUAGAUAAGCCAUAUCGAUACGGGCAAAAAGCGAAUGUGCAAUCUCGCUUCCGCGAAACAUUCCUUCUCUCGCGUUUCGCGAUCCGCGAACGCGCGUACGAUUGACAAAAGCGGUACGAGGCUCAACUUUCGACUUCGUGAACUCCGUUUACGUUUCAUAAAAUUCUCAAUCUUUAUUCUCAAAUUUCGAAUCAAAUUUUAAUGCUGGAACGCGAAGCGUUAAAUCUCGCUAAGCGCAUUGUGAAUAUAGAUUUAAAACAAAACAAAAAAAAAGAUUAAAGGUAAACAAUCUGCACUGAGCUACCGUUAUCUGCGAAUCAUCGUGAGUACAGCACAAAUUUGCAUUUUCAAUGUAUACUAAACACACGUCAUACGCGAACCGAGACCCCGUCGAUCGGGGGAUUUUCGAUAAAUCACGAGUUUCAUGACUCGAUGGCUCGUGAGACUCUAUUUUAAUUAACUGUCACCAGUCGUCCGCUGAUGAACGUGCAACACGUGAAUAUUUCAAUCGUGAUUCUAAAAAAAAUAAUAAUAAUAAUGACUUCAACUGACGCGAUUUUGUUAAAAAAAAAAAAAGAAAGAAAUUCGGAAAUCUCUCUGAAACGAAGAUAAAAAUUUCACUUGCCACGUGAACCGAGUAAAAUGUGCGCGAGAGUUGAGUACAAGAUUGCGAGCGGCGGUUUCUCUCGUUGGCAUGCUUAAGAAGAUACAGCGAUAACUGCUCCGAGAUAAUCACGAGACAGUUGGUAACGAGCCGGUGGGAUUUCGCCACGUUGGACAAUGAUAAGGGUUUCUGGCGACGCGCCAUAAGUUCGCUGAAAUGCCGGAUAAAUCAUCAGCGGUCGACUAUAUGACUUUUAUCUCGGAAAACGGAAGUUAUUCGGAGAGCGAGGCUCGCGUCCCUCCGACGGAUGACGCUGAUCCAUUUUUUUUUUUUUUUUUUCGUGACGCGGGAGGCGAGCGUCAAGUGCGCGAGACGUUAAACUGAUUGAGAAGCAAUUCGCACGACGUUCUCGAUCCGAACGCUUCGAUAUCGGGGAGGCGACGCGGCUUCUGUCUAUACCGACUAUACCCUCUUCCGAGUCUCUCGAUGCCGCACUGGGCGACUUUAAGAUGUAAGAUCGAUUAGACCGUAAUGAAUUCCGUCUCGUAUGUGGACUUUUCUCCUCGAUUUUACUCUCGUCUAAUACUAGAUAACGUUAUAUUCUAUUUGAAGUUAAUCUUAAGAGGAAACGGACGCGCACCGCAACUACUCCGCGGAUCGCGCCGAUCAUGCAUUGCGUCGCGAUGGCGCGAUCGCCGAGCGAGCGAGCGGGAAGGGAAAAGAAACGACCGAAAGAUCGUACGUCGCUCGCUCAAUCCCGACGAUCCGCAAUUACCGUGCCGAAUCGAUGGAUCUGCCACGAUUCUCUCGCCCGGAGAGUUAUCCGGCGACCGGCGGGCGGACUUUACAUCGAUCUUCGCUCGCUUUGCCCUCCUCGUAUUAUGUACCUUAAACGACUAUAUCACUGUUACGCCAAUAACAAAGCCGCACGCUGUUUCAAAUAUUUUAAAGGAUUUAAUAAAUCGCUAAAAAA